CCAUUUUCUCUUGGGUUUGAAUUCUCUUCAUUUAAGUUAACGACUUUUUCUCCAUUGCAACAGUGAACAGUUAAAUCUUUUGACAAUUUGUUUUCUCUUCACUUUGACAAUUAGUUGAUUCAGUUUUGUUUUUUUUUCUUUUUCGUAAUUAUUUUAUCACCAAUUGAUUCUCAAGUGAUCAUUGAUUCACAUUAUUAUCGAAAGGUAAUACUUUGGUGUCUCAUUUGAUUUAUUCAUUGGUAUUUACUUUGUUUCUCUUCAGACUUGAUUGCACUUGGUUGGAAAGUACAAAUAUACUACUUAUAUUUAUAAAACUUAAACAAAGUUAUAUCAAGAACUAAAACCAUGGCUGUUACACGAAACCAAAGUAAAGGUGAUUCAGUUACUUCUACUCCGAUGAAAAGUCCUUCACCCUCAUCAAGCUAUUCAGGACGAAAAUCAGUUCGAUCUCGAAUCGAUCCAACCACAAAUUUAACCUUUGGAUCGAUUGUCACAAUCGGCAUAGUUGCCUCCAUAAUCUUACAAGUUUCUCUUGCUUACCUGGUGAUGAACGAUAAGAUCAAACUUAAUGGAAAAACAACCGUCCAAUCGCUUAUGACUUUGGGUAAUCGGCUUGAAUACAUCCUGCGAUUUCAAGCAAUUCAUGUUGUCUGGUUGGUCAUUACGACAGCUUUGGUUGUCUUUAGUCGACUUUCAACCGGUGCUGUUAAUCCACUUGAGGGAUUUGAGAACUUGGUCAUUUCAGCGAAACAAGUUCAUACCAAUUCGAUGGAACAAUUUUUACUCAUCUUUGUCAAUCAGCUUAUUCUUGCCACCAAUUUAGCUCCAGACAUUUUCAUCCGAGUAAUUCCACUUCUCAAUAUUCUCUUUGCCAUUUCUCGAGUUCUUUUCUGGCUUGGUUAUCCUAAAUAUCGAACUUGUGGCUUCUUCAGCGGAAUGACUCCAAUCACAUUAACGACCAUUUAUAAUGCUUACGCUCUCAUUAACUUUCUCUUCUAAUUCUCUUUUUUAACUAUAAUCAUUUUAUAUUUAAUCUAUUUUUCUAAACCAUCAAUCCAACAAUAUAUCCUCCUAAUUAACUCGCCAAUAAUAUGAUAUCCUUUGUUAGGAGUCUUCAAAGACAACAACAAUUAACACUUUUUUCAACUAUCUGCUUCUAAUUGCAUGUCUCUUUCUCUACUGUAUCCACUUAAUAAGAUUUUCUUUACUUUAAAUUAACUUUAAAUGAGUAGCUUACCAACAAUGAUUAUCAUUGUUGAUCAACCACUCAAUUAAAUUUGAUUAUUGACUCAAUUGUGAAUCAAUUUUUAUGUUUUAAUUGUGGAUUUAAGUUGGCUCCAACUCAUCAUCAAAUUUAUCCAGUGACUUAAUUUUGUAUCCCGAGUGAAAAUCUAUGGAGAGCCAGAUAAUAAUGGAGGAAAAUGACGAAAAUAAUGAAACAUUGAGUGAACAAUUUGCCGAUGGAGAAGCUUCAAUUGAAUCCAACCAACGACCAUCAUCGAUUCCUGAUUGGCAAGAAUUAUGUCAAGCAAUUGAAUCUGUUUUGACUAUUACACCAGUCGAGGAUCCGGAAGCUGAAAGAUUGGAAAGAAUCUUGGAUACCGUUAAUGAUUAUAUUAACUCCGAGUUUGUGGACAUGGAAAUUCCCGAAGUUGAUAAAAUAAAAAAGAAAAUUGCUCAAUUUUCAAAUUCAAUCUCAUCAAUACUCACCAAGAUCAGAAAAUAUUCCCCAGUACCUUUAACUACAGCCGAAGCAUCAUCAUUAUCAUCAUUAGACUAAUUCUAAUUGAUUGAAAACUGUCAAGGUUACAACAAACGAUUCUAUUGAAAAGUUGUAUCAACAAAAUUAUGUUUGUCUUACCAUAACACUAAUUCACUGAUGAAAAUAAAAUGAUUAAUCUAAACAUCGAUUAACCCUUUUGAGAUGA